UAUAUUUCUUAUAGCCCGAUUCAUUGCCGAUCAAAACACACGGCUGCCUUCGUCCUCCAUAGCUUUGCACGAACCUUCGAUAUCGAGCUCCAAACUCAUUACUGUCUCUAAAAUAUUCCACUUCGGAACUAGUUCUUGAAUCUCUAAAUCUCGGAAUCGUCGCAGCUCGAGAACGAGUAGCGUCACCGUUGCCACAAUUGAGAAGGAGCAGUGUUCACGCAAGUGGUAAUUAUAAAAAUUGGCAAAAAUUUGGCCUUUAUGUGCUGUAGUAUCACAACUUUGUCAUGCACCACUGUGUUUUCUGGGUUUGUAACACAGAGGCUGUGUGGAAACUAAUGCAAUGGCAACAUCUAGCAAGUUUGAUCUGCCUUCUGGUAGCCCGGAUAGACCGUUAUACACCAGUGGGCAGCGUGGAUCCCACAUAGCUGCUCCAUUGGAUAGAUCGGGUAGCUUUCGGGAGAACAUGGAGAAUCCAAUUCUAUCUUCUCUUCCGAACAUGUCGAGAAGCAGUUCUGCAGCAACACAAGGCGAUGUUGUGAACUUCUUCCAAUGCUUGCGUUUUGAUCCAAAGUUGCUGGCUGCAGAGCAUAAGUCUAAUCGUCAAGUGGACUUGAAACGACAUAUGAGUCUUGCACUUAGUGCUUCACCAGAUGAUUCUUCGUCUGGUUCUUUAAAAGGGAAGCUGCUAUCAUCUCCAUCACCGGAGGAAGUCAAAAGAGUAAAGGCUGGUCUGCGUGAAAGUUCUGCGAAGGCGAGGGAACGUAUGAAAACUUUCAAUGAAUCAUUAUCUGUAUUCAACAAGUUUUUCCCAGCCGUACCAUCAAAGAAGAGAUCCAGGUUAGAAGGUUUUUCUAAUGACCGGUCUAGUAUGUUAUCAAGUGAUCGGUCUGUCCUGGGGCCAAGUGUAGGUAAGAUUGGAAAUCAGAGUCAUGCUGCCACCAGUGGUUUUGAACUUGAGCAGCAAAAAUUGGAAGAACGACCUAAAAAUGUUGUGCCAAACAAGCGCACUCGAACUUCUUUGGUUGAUGUGCGAAGUAACGCUCAUGUCAGGCUAUCUGGAGCUAUAGAUAGAGAGAGGGAAAUGCAAAGGCUUGCAAAUAGUGGUGCAGUUCAGGCUGAGGAUCGAACACUACCUAUUGGUGUCGAUGGUUGGGAAAAGUCAAAAAUGAAGAAAAAACGUUCUGGGAUAAAGCCAGAUGUUUCUCCAAGUACGGUGUCAACUAAACCAAUUGAUGGCUACCGGGAUGCUAAACAGGGAAUACAGCAAAGGCCUGUUGCUGAUGCUCGGUCAAGGUUAAGUAAUGAAUCCCAUGGUUUCAGGCCUCCAGUCCUUAAUGGAUCUGUCGGAGUUGGAAAGUCAGAUGGUAUCUCACAACAGACUGGCCUGGGCAUGCGUUCCUCCAUUCCUAGGACUGACCCCGACUAUGGUUCCCUCAUGAAUGAUAGGAGAGAUCGCCCUCUGGGUUCAGAUAAGGAAAGGGUUAAUGCCAGAGCUGUUAAUAAGACAAAUGUUCGUGACGAUUUUAAUUCAGCCAGUCCUACCUCAAAUGCGAAAAUGAAUGCAUCUAUUCGAGCUCCAAGAUCAAGUUCAGGUGUUGCACCCAAGUUGUCCCCUGUUGUCCAUCGAGCAAAUGUUCCUAGUGAUUGGGAGCUUUCUAGUUGUUCAAACAAGCCCCCUGCUGCUGUUGGACCCAAUAAUCGAAAACGAAUGGCAUCAACACGGUCUUCAUCCCCACCUGUUCACUGGGCUGGCCAGAGGCCACAGAAGAAUUCCCGAACUGCUAGACGAACAAAUCUUGUUCCUCCUAUUGUUUUGAGUAAUGAUGAAACUCCUGCUCCGGAUGCCGGAUCUGAUAUUGCUGGUAGUGAAAUUGGGUUGGGGCUUGCCAGACGCUUGCCUGGCAGUUCUCCUCAGCGAGUGAAAUUAAAAAGUGAUCCUUUGUCUUCAGCCACCUUAUCUGAAAGUGAGGAGUCGGGGGCUGUGGAAACUAAAUCCAGAGAUAAGUGUAGAAAGUCUGAUGAGAUAGAUGAGAAGGGUGGGCAGAGUGUACAAAAGGUUUCAACAUUAGUCCUGUCAUCAAGAAAGACUAAGCCAGUUGCUGCGGAUGAUCUUGGAGAUGGUAUUCGGAGGCAAGGUAGGACUGGGCGAGGUUUUACUUCUACAAGGUCUCUCAUGCCAAUGACUGUUGAGAAGAUUGGGAACGUGGGAACAGCAAAACAGCUCAGGAGUGCAAGGCUUGGGUUUGAUAAGACUGAAAGCAAGGCAGGUCGUCCACCAACGAGGAAACUUUCAGACCGUAAGACCUAUGCACGGCAAAAGCAGACAAUGACCAACGCAUCAGCAGAUUUUCUGGUUGGGUCAGAUGAUGGGAAUGACGAGCUAUUGGCUGCUGUAAAUGCUGUUAUUAAUCAAGUUCGUGCCUUUACAAGCCCUUUUUGGAGGCAGAUGGAGACGUUUUUUGGUUUCAUAUCUGAAGCAGACAUUGCAUUCUUAAAGCAACAAGGAAAUCUUGAUUCCUCUGCUCCUACGCCAACUCCACUUCAUUCUAGUGUUGUUGGUUGCUGUGCUGUUCCUAAUGGAUAUGAGCAUGAGAUAGAGAUGGGGCAUUCUACUGGAACAAGAAGCAUUGAACUGCUUGCAGAACAGUUAGUGCCACGUACAGGGGAUCAUAGUCUGAUUCCCUUAUGUCAGAGGCUCAUAGCAGCUCUAAUUUCGGAGGAGGAUUGUAAAAGUGUAAAUGAAGACCUCAAAUAUAAUGAGUAUGGUUCUGAAUUUGAGCUGGAUGAAGAGUUGGAAUCUAAUAAUAUGAAUGACCAGUCAUUUGUUAGCUUCCAGUUUGUUGGGCCUACUGCUUUUAAUGGCUUUAGGAUAACUGGGGAGGCAGAGCAUGAUGAACCUGAAAGCAACAUAGUGGGCAUCCUAAACACAGGGAUGAACUCAACAUUUGGUCAUUCCCCAAACGACUUACAUUCAGACCUUUCAUUGAUGUCUAGCAUGACCUGUUCUGAAUUUCAGUAUGAUAAUUUGCGGUUAAAUGAAAAACUUCUCCUGGAGGUUCAAAGUAUUGGUAUUUUCCCAGACCCUGUGCCUGACAUGGCACUGAUAGAGGAUGAAGGAAUCAGUGACGAAAUCAGUAGAUUAGAAGAGAAGUACCAAGUACAGGUUUCGAAGAAGAAAGGCUUGCUAGAUAGACUUUUGAAAUCUGCCUCAGCCAUGAAAGAUAUCCAAGAGAAGGAGUUUGAAGAGCGUGCCCUUGACAAACUUGUUGGAAUGGCCUGUGAAAAGUAUAUGACUGGCACUGGUGGGAAGAUUUCCAGUAACAAAAUGGCUAAGCAAGCUGCGUUAGCAUUUGUUAAACGGACAUUGGAACGAUGUCAUAAAUUUGAGGAUACAGGAAAGAGCUGCUUCAGUGAACCCUCAUUUAAAGAUUUAUUUCUUUCUGGGUCUUCCAAUCUCAAUGGUGCACGGCUGGCUGAUACUACUACAGAGGGUGAAUCAACCAAACCAUAUACCUGCAUCCGUUCUCUGGAAGCAUCCAUGAGUUCACAGCAAAGCCCUUCGCAGUUUAUUAAGAAUGCAGACAACCAUGAUAUUAAUUCCAUGGAUGCCCUUCUGCCUGUAAAUCACUUCUCUGAACAAACUAGAGAAGAUACAUGGUCAAACCGAGUGAAGAAGAGGGAAUUGUUGCUUGAUGAUGUUGGUGGUACUAUUGGUACUUCAAGUGCCCCCUCAGGCAUUGGCAGUUCUCUAUUAAGUAGUGCCAAAGGAAAGAGAAGUGAGAGGGAUAGAGAUGGAAAGGGACACAGCAGAGAGAUGUCAUCUAUAAAUGGUACUACUAAGAUUGGUCGGCCUGCUUUAUCAAAUGUUAAGGGGGAAAGGAAAUCUAAAACGAAGCCGAAGCAGAAAACGACUCAACUAUCUGUUUCCGUAAAUGGCCUUGUCGGCAAGAUAUCAGAGCAACCCAAAGCAGCAUUGCCUUCUGUGUCAAAGUCAAAUGAUAAUACAAGUAGCCAUGUCAAGGAAAAAGAUGGGCUUGGCUUGGAUGUAUUGGAUGACCCUGAGUCUCUUGAUUUAUCGAAUCUACAGUUACCGGUAAUGGAUGUGCUAGGUGUGCCUGAUGAUCUUGAUGACCAGGGUCAGGAUCUGGGUUCAUGGCUGAACAUUGACGAUGAGGGUUUGCAAGAUCAUGACUUUAUGGGUCUUGAAAUUCCAAUGGAUGACCUUUCAGACUUAAACAUGAUGGUUUGAAGUUGCUUUUACUUGUAUAGUCUUGUUCAUUAUACGAGUGACAUACAAAACAAAGUCGCUGUUGUCAAGAAAUGACCCGUUACAUGAAUAGUCAUUUGGCUACCAAGUUCAAAAUUAGGUUAUAUAAAUUCUUUCGUAGACUCUUGCACAAGUUGAUUUUCAAGUGAACGUUUCGGAUGUUUUGGAUUUUGCUCCUGUGUUAAGUUGGUGACUUCGACUGUAAAUUUUUGUUCAAGGUUCGAGUUAGUAUGUCCUACCAAUUAUCUCGUAGCAACACUGGACUCUGGACGUAGCUGUCACAGAUGAGAGAACACUGGGUCUUCUCCUGUACAUACAUUUUACAUUUCUAAUAAAAUCAUCCUUUUUGUUCUAA